GGUAAUCUCGUCAUUUCCUGUACAUUAUAAUAGACUUUGGUGGAGAACAAAGAUCGAGACUUGUUCAGGAAUGGCUUCAUAGAUCAUCAUGGUACCAUUUGAAAAUGAUUUGACACUGUAAGCACUGACCUUCUGCUAGAGUGAUCUAAAAAAAAAAAAUAAUAAAAAAAAAAAUAAAAAAAAAAACUUAAAAUGUCUUCACCUAACAUUGUGAAAGUUGAACCAUCAGUUGAGUAUAUCAACAAUACCCUUAAAAUGGAAGAACCAAAUGAAAGUCAGUCUGUGGGAGAAACUCUGGCCAACGGAGCUGGGAACUUGGAAGACGUACAGUUGGGCAUGUCGAUGCCUUUGGAUAAUACUGAAGGAGCAUAUGUUCAGGAAAAACAGCACAAAUGUCAGUACUGUGAUAGAACGUUUACCUACAGAAGGAACCGUCUGCAACAUGAACGGUCCUGCAUUCUCACAAGAACACAGGAAGGGCCGAAGGUGUAUAAAUGUCAGUAUUGUGAUAGGUCAUUUUCAAAAAAAUUCUCUUGUGUUGGUCAUGAAAGACUUCACACUGGCGAGAAACCAUACAAGUGCAAGUACUGUGAUAAGGCAUACACUCGCAGAAGCACAUGGUUACAGCAUGAAAAAAAUCACGCUCCUGAUAAACCAUUCAAAUGCCAGUACUGUGAAAAAUCAUUUGGAGGAAAAAGUCAUCAUGAAAGACAUGAAUUGACUCACACUGGAGAGAAACCAUACAAAUGUCGUUACUGUGAUGCAGGAUUUGCCCUCAAAAGCAACGUUGUUCAGCAUGAAAAAAUUCACACUGGAGAGAAAGCAUUUAAAUGCCAGUACUGUGGCAAGUCAUUUACUGCCAAAUACUCUCUUUCAAUACACCAUCGACUCCACACUGGAGAGAAACCAUACAAAUGCCAGUAUUGUGACAAGACAUUCAACCAGAAAUAUGCUCAUAAGGUGCAUGAGUUAAUCCACACUGGAGAGAAACUAUACAAAUGCCGAUACUGUAAGAAUGAAUUUGCAAAGCAAGCAAACUGCACCAGGCAUGAAGCGCUUCACACAGACACAGAAAAAGAAUUUUACCAAUGUGUGUAUUGUGAGAAAAUAUUUUUCAAAAAGGAGGACUGCAUUCUUCAUCAAUAUUCAUGUAACCCCAAAAGUCCAAUUUUACCAAACACCUCAGAUAACUCCAACGAAAGCAGCGAUGUGACAAGACAUUGGGAAGAGGGAUUUUCCAACCAGACCAGCAAACUGGAAAAACGUAAUGUAAAUGGCAUAAAUAAAAACAUUUUAGAGAAUGGAGCUGGAAGCUUGGUAGAUGUACAGUUGAACCAUCAGGCACAGUUCAAUCAAGUAAACAAGUCCAUGGAACAAAGAUAUGAGGAUGAUAAUGGGGAUGGGAUGACUGCCACUGUGAAAGUAGAACCCAUGGAUGAUGGUUUUGAGAAUGUCCAAAUUUUAAAUGAGGGAGUUGACCCUGAACAACUGGAACACAACUUGGACCAUGAUAAAACUAAGAUUAAUAGUGUUAAGGUGGAACCAGUUGACUUCUUUGCCCAUACUUUGGAAUAUGAAAACUCUGACAUAACCACCCACCAAGAAAUCAUGUCAAAAGAUGGUCCUGGGAGUGUGACAGAUAUCAUGGCGGAUUGCAAGACAAACUCCAAUCAGAUUGGCGAGGCUGUAGAACAUAACAUGGAUGGUGCUGAUAUGGUAGACAAUGACGUAAAAAUUGAGUCAGUUGACAAUUUAGACAGUGGCUUGACAGUGAAAAUGUCAAACAAGAGAACUGUACCUGAGAGUGUUUUAGAGAAUGGAGCUGGGACUCUGACAGACAUUCAGUUGAAUUAUCAGGUGGCGGCUGAUCAGAUGAAAGGUAUUCACCAGGAAAUGCUUAAAUGCCAGAACUGCGGUAAAAUAUACAUAAGUGAUACCACUACAUGUGAAAAAGAGGCACCUGAUGAAGAUAAACAAUAUUAUUGCCAAUAUUGCAGAACAACAUUGUCUCAGGACAACAUCCCUAAUAGGAUGCCAUCUGAAAAAGGGUAUAGUAUACAAAGCAAAAGACUGCUUGUCUCUAAUGACUGUACUGGAACAGUAACUACAGCCAAUGAAAGCUUAUCCCACACGUCAGCUGACACCAGGGAGAAACCAUUCAAAUGUCAGUACUGUGAUGCAAGAUUUACCAUAAACAGUAACUGUGUAAGGCAUGAAAAGAUUCACACAGGGGAGACGCCAUACAAAUGUCAUCACUGUGACAAGACAUUUGCUGUGAAAAGUUACUGCGUGAGGCAUGAAAUGUCUCACUCCGGGGAGAAGCCAUUCAAAUGCCGAUACUGUGACAAGACAUUUACCCUCAAUAGUAACUGCUUGCAACAUGAAAAAACUCACACAAGAACAAGGUCUUUCAAAUGCCAGUACUGUGACAAGGCAUUCUACGAGAAAAAAGUCCGCAGGAAACAUGAAAGACUCCACACUGGUGAAUUGCCAUUUAAAUGUCAGGUCUGUCAGAAAGCGUUUUUAACUCAAUUUCUUUGUUCAAGGCAUGAAAUUAUUCACACUGAGAGGGAAAAACACAAAUGUCAGUUUUGUGGUAAAAGCUUCUUCAAGAAGGAAGAUUGCUUGCGCCAUGAAGAAAUUGUACACAAAGGUUCUAUGACUGAAGAGAGACCCUACAAAUGCCAGUACUGUGAUCUAACUUUUUCUCGCAAAAACAACUGUGUUGUCCAUGAACGAACACACACUGGUGAAAAACCAUUCCAGUGUCAGUACUGUGACAAAGCUUUCUCCAUAAAAGGUACACUAAUUAACCAUGAGAGAACUCAUACUGGUGAAGCUCCAUUCAAAUGCCAGUUCUGUGACAAGACAUUUAAAUUAAAGGGGGGUUCAAGGCAUGAAAUUAUUCACACUGAGAGGGAAAAACACAAAUGUCAGUUUUGUGGUAAAAGCUUCUUCAAGAAGGAAGAUUGCUUGCGCCAUGAAGAAAUUGUACACAAAGGUUCUAUGACUGAAGAGAGACCCUACAAAUGCCAGUACUGUGAUCUAACUUUUUCUCGCAAAAACAACUGUGUUGUCCAUGAACGAACACACACUGGUGAAAAACCAUUCCAGUGUCAGUACUGUGACAAAGCUUUCUCCAUAAAAGGUACACUAAUUAACCAUGAGAGAACUCAUACUGGUGAAGCUCCAUUCAAAUGCCAGUUCUGUGACAAGACAUUUAAAUUAAAGGGGGGCUGCGUAGGUCAUGAAAAAAUUCACACUGGUGAAAGACCUUACCAAUGUCAGUACUGUGAAAUGUCAUUUCCUGUAAGUCAUACCUUAAAAAGACAUGUAGAGCGACGCCAUGCAGGUCAGCUCAAAAAGACAACUACAGGACAUCAAAUCAUGAACUCCUCAAGAAAUUUGGACAUUCAAGGCAGCAGCAUGAAUAUUGAGCCAGUUCAAGAGAAAUAUGUGGAUUUCAAAACUUCAUCUGGCAUUACAGAAAAUGAAUCCAUGGUUGGACCAGUCAUUCCCUCUUUUGACUUGGAAGCAGCCAAUAUUAAAAUAACUGAAGAAAAUAUGAUGUCAAAUGGAGCUGGGAGUUUAAAGGACAUUCAGUUGGGUUUGCAGAUAUCUUUCAAAAAUGGUGCAAGAGGUCACUCUCCUGGAAAACCUCAUAAGUGCCAGUACUGUGGCAAGUCAUUUCGGGAUAAACAAACUUGUGUGGGUCAUGAAAGCAUUCACACUGGUGAGAAACCGUUCAAAUGCAGAUAUUGUGAUAAGACAUAUACUCUCAAAGCCAAUUGCUUACAACACGAAAAAACUCAUGCUUCAGAUAAGCCAUUUAAAUGCCAACACUGUGAGAAAGCAUUUGUAGAGAAGACUCAUCUGCUGACACAUGAAAGGUUUCACACUGGAGAAAAACCAUACAAAUGUCAGAAUUGUGAAAAAGCCUUUGCUGUCAAAAGUAAUCUGAUGCGUCAUGAAGUAAUUCACACUGGAGAGAAACCAUUCAUAUGCCAAUACUGUGAUAAGUCUUUUAGCAGAAAAAACAGCUGUAUACAGCAUGAAAGAACUCACACUGGGGAGAAACCGUACAACUGCAAGUAUUGUGAAAGGACAUUUGCCGUCAAGGGCAAUUGUUCACUGCAUGAAAGGAACCACACAGGGGAGAAGCCAUACAAAUGCCAGUUCUGCAAUAAGCCAUUUAAAGAAAGAACUGAUUGUCUGAGACAUGAAAGAAUUCACACUGGAGAAAAACCAUAUAAAUGUAAUAAAUGUGAAAAAUCUUUUCGCCUCAAAAGUCAAAUAACAAAUCAUGAAAAAACCCACACUGGGGAGAAACCAUUCAAGUGUCAGUACUGUGAGAAAAGGUUUUCAUGGAAAGACAGCUGUACUAAACAUGAGUUACUUCACACAACAAGAGAAACUUACAAAUGCCAGUAUUGUGAAAAGAUAUUUUUCAAAAAAAGGGAUUACAUUGUUCAUGAAGGUACAGUUCACUCUCACAGUUUAAUUUUACCAAAUUCCACAGAUAACUACAAAGAAAGCAGCAAUAUGACAAGACAUUUGGAAGUCAGGCUUUCCAACCAUACCAGCAAACUGGAAAAACCUAAAAAAAUCUCUGCAAUAAAAAGCAUUCUACAAAAUGGAGCUGGAAGCUUGGCAGAUGUUCAGUUGAAUCGCCAAACACAAUUCGCUCAGAGCGAGGCUGUGGAACAGAGAUUUGAGGAAGACUGUGGAGAUGACAUGGCUACCACUGUAAAAGUAGAGCCCAUGGAUGAUGAUUUUGAGAAUGCCCAAACUUUAAAUGAGGGAGUUGACCCUGAACAACUGGAACACAAUUUAGGUCAUGAUAAAACCAAGAUAAAUGGUGCAAAGGUGGAACCAGUUGGCUACUUUGCCAACUCCUUAAAGCAUAAAAACUCAGACAAAACAACCCAUCAAAAAAAUAUGUCUAAAAAUGGUGAGAUCAUGGUGAAUUAUGAGACAUUCUCCAGUCAGAUUGGUUACCAUAGCACAGAGAACACUGAAGCAUUGCACACUAGUGUUAAAGUUGAGCCAGUUGAUCCUUCUGACCAUAGCAUGACAAUGUUAAUAUCAAACAAGAAUGAUGCUCAACAGAGUGUUUUGGAAAGUGGAGCUCGGAAUUUGUCAGAUAUGCAUUUGAAUUAUCAGAUGACGGCUGAUCAAAUUAGCAGUAAGCAACAGGGAAUGAUUAAAUGUCAGAACUGUGGUAAAAUAUACAUACCUGUAGGUGAUAAAAUUGCAUGUAAACAUAAGACACCAGCUGAAGAAAAAAAUUUUUGCCAAUAUUGCAAAUUGACAUUGGCUAAAGAUUGGCUAAUAGAUUGUCUUUUAAAGGAGUGAUUUGCAGGCAAAUUAGAGACUGUCGUUGUAUAAAAACUUUAACAGAACAGUAUUUUCAGGUGUAAAUCACAUUCCAGUGACAGUAGUAAGACAAAGCUUUUGCCAUGAAAGGAGCACUAUAAUUAACUACAAGAGGACUCAUACUGGUGAAAUACCUUUAACAUGCCAGCACUGUUACAAGGCAUGUAGAUUUAAAGGUAACUGUGUGGAUCACAAAAAAAAAUUAACACUGGUGAAAUACCUUAUCAUGUCAAUACAGUAAUUUAUUAUUUAAAAAUAUAUGUAGAGGGUAUUCAUGACAGUCGUCAUAGUAUACAACUUCAGGGCAUCUAGUGUAGCAGACAGUAUUGAUAAGUGCAAUUUAUGAUAUUUCUUUUGUCAAAGAAGUGGUGUUUUAAUUGAA